ACAAGAUGGCGGCGUUGUCUGUACGUUGUGUUCGCUCAGUAGCGCGAGCUUCGAUUCAAAUCUCGAAAACGGCUUUGUCUACGAAUGGCGUAUCACAAACAAGAAGUAUAUCUUCUGCAGUGGGAAAGUCUAUUCUUAGAGACUGUGGAUUGCUCAAGACAAUAGCAAGAGAUAACAUAACAAGAAAUCUUGCCAGAAGACACACUAGAUUAUCAGCAGCAGUGAAUCAAAUCUUGUUUACUUCUGUUGUGGAUAUAAUAUGUGAAGAGGAAGAAGGAAAUGGGGACGAUGAACUUACCACAGAGCUUGUAACUGAAGAAGAUGAAAUAUUGACAGUCUGUCAAACUCUUCGGAUCUUGUGGAAAAUUUGCUCAAAACUUUGUGAAGCUGAGGGCAAUCUUGGGUUUUAAUUUUGAUCCCAAGAUAUUUAGCAUUGAAAAGGUUUUGUCGUCACUCCACAAUGCCUCCCUUCCAUCAAGUGGUGAUAAAUUUUGGCAUAAUUUCGAAUUAGGCUGUGUUACAGCCACCCUCUCUGAAAGAAAACUCAGAGCCGGCUGUAACACAGGCCUAUUUUGAAUAAGUGCUAUUAUUGGAAGUCGAGUUAAGCAAUUUUAUUUUUUGAUCCCCAUAGGUUUGGUGAUCUUAAACCCGUCAGUGACGGUGGAAAACUGUGAAUCAGAUGACGAUAGUUUGGAGGCAGUUUGUGGAGAUGAUGACGAUACAUUUUCGUGCUGCGAAGAUGCAAUACCUGGUCUCUGAAAUUUAUAACUUGCAAAAAGAACUGUAAAUGGUUGUAAUAGGGUCUGUAAUGGUUUUAGUGCUCUGAAAUGUUGGUCACUGUUUCUUUUUAUUAAUAAACACAUUGUCCUAUUCAUA